UAAAAAAUAGCGCCCAGAAGCUGGUAGUGGGACGGCGACGCUUCUUGAAUGGACCUACACUGCUGAGAUUGGAGCAGCCUCAUCAACGUGCGCUCACCCAGUCCGCACCACGCCUCUCUCCUGGAACAUCGUGUCCUUUGUGCAGGCACAAUGACGGCCAAGCAUCGCAAGGGAAAAAGCAACCACAAACACGAAGAGGACCAUGGAAAAAGUGAAAUUCCGGAAUCCGAAAUUCGAACCGGAGGGAAUAGCUACACACUUGUUUUGUUUGCGUGUCUCGUCGUUGUAGUCGGCGUUGCAACGGGAGCAUGGUUCUAUUACCAGCAGCACCAAACUUUGACGCACUUGACAGACACCAUAACGGGCAUGCAAAUGAAAGUGGCGAAGCUCCAGGCGUCCCAGGAGACCAUGCGACAGACUAGUGAUAAGGUGCGUGUUUCAGAUGAUGUAGAAGGUCGCAUUAAUGCUCUGGAAGAGUCGUACGCGUUGGCUCAGAAACAAGUGGACAAGGCCUUGGCUACCGCAGAGCAGCUGAAAACGUCGGAUCUCCCUGCUCAGGUGCUAUCGCUCCACACGGAGAUGAAAUCCCGCCUGGCAGAGAUCCAGCGGACCACUGUCUCUGUGGAGCAAAUGAGCCAGCUGCAGGCGAGGCUUCAGAAACCUGAGGAAUUGGACCAGAUUGGGCUUCAGGUAGAGGGCCUCGCUACGUCGAGCGCCGACUUAUCUAAGCAAGUCCAAGCCGUGAUGGGGCGCCUGGAAGAAGCAGAAGCCAUUUUGGAUGAUGUUGCCACUCUGACGGAUAACCUGAAGCAGGAGACUGCACGGCUGUCGGGACUGGAGGUGCAGCUGAAGUCCUACCAGACGGAGAUGGCGACUAUCAGAGAGCUGCUGUUGAAUGAGCACGCCGAGCAGCUCGACGUGGAGGAACUGAUCAGUGCACUUCGAAUGAGUAUUCAGAAGCAGAACUCAGCCAGCCACAGCCGUCACGCAGAACUCAAGGCUCAGCUGGACAACCUACAAUGGCAGGUUAAUCAGAUGGUAGGACAUGCUGAAACUGUGCCACACCAUGUGGAACAAGCUGAGGGAACUCCAGCUCCUGUUAUUGAGGAAGAAGAUGCAGUUUCAGAGGCGGAAGCAGCAGAGUCUGACUCUGAUGAGCCGGUAAAGGAAGAUGACGAGGCUGAUACUGAGCAGAUGGAACAAUCCCUUACCUCUCCGGAAACUCUGACAGAAAAGGAGGAGCCAAGUUUGGAGGGGACUCUGAAUGAUGAAGAUGAGUUACUGCUUGACGACGGUGAUGCCAAACUGGAAGUUGAUGAUUAUGAUCAGAAUGAUGAUAGCAUCGUCGAUGCUGAACAAGAUGAAUCGGACGAAGAGGAAUUGGGCAAUGAAGUUGAAGUGUAGGAUGAAUGCAUCAGAAGGCAAGGUUUGUGAGGCAGAAGGAGAAGCGGCAUACAUCAAGUGCUCUCUCCAGUUGAUGAAUUCAGACCAGAAGGCGUAUUACAAGAUUUCACGUUUACCUGUCAAUAACCUCACAAGCCUUCAAAGCCUUAUUGUCUAAACACUUGGUCUUUUAGCUGAGUAUGUUUCACCUCCUUCAAAAUCUAGGUUGUGCACUACACAACAAAAUAGAUUUCCUUAAAAUUACUGUAAAUAAUUGUUAACUCUAAGCCGUAGAGUUUCCUUGUUUCCAUGUAGGCUUUAUGAGUAUGUGAGGGGAAAAAUAACGAAGGAAGAAGAAUAGCCAGCCGUAGAGGUUGGAAAUUAAAUGAAAUAAUGGCUUCAAUGAUUAAAUUUAUGUAGGAAGUAUUUAAAAUUGUUAAGAGGAUGUUUGCAAUAUUUGCAGAAUGACAAAACUGCCACCAAUUUACAGUACGGUUGUGAUUAAUUACCUUUUUUUUUUUAUGAAAACAAACAAAAAAAGUAUAUUUUUGUGCACUAACCUAACAAAUUAAGCUGGCGACAAUGGGCUUCUCAGGGAACGUGUUCUCUGUGUGUGGCUUAUGUACUGUAAUUAAUAUGCAAAUGUGAUUUAUAUUGAUCUGCAAACCAACUGAAAGGUUACGGUUGUAUUUAGCUACUGUAAUUUUGAGCUUCUGUGAUCAAGAAAUUUGCAAACAAAUUGCAGUAAUUGUAUUGAGGAAAUUGAAAAAAAAACAUUGGAAGCACAAUUAAUUGAUGUGAGCUUUAGCAAUAUUCAGCUUUGGCAUGAGCAGUCCUAAUGUAACACACACAAAGAAAAUUGCUGAAGGCAACAACUGGAGCUCAAACAAUUUGACAAAAACUAUGCAAUGCAGGACAAGCUGUGAUUUUUUGGGGGGGGUUAAAUAUUCUGAGACAAUGUUGUGUAUUCAUGUUUCAUAGACGGGGUGUGCUAUAAUUCCUUUUAAGCAUUGCUGUACAUUUUACCAAGGAUUCAACUGAACUAAGAUGAACUUCAAUUUCAAAUGCUCUUUAAAAUAAACUCAAAUGUUCAGUUUUGUAAAGUGA